CCGACUGAAUGCUGUUUUGGUUAAUCAGUAACUAGAGUGGGCUGCAUGCUGCUGGUUAAAGUGAGGGUGCAGAGGAGCCUGAAACUCACUCAGCACCUCACUCAGCAGCAGCAGCAGCAGCAGACACACACGAAAUCUAAGUUAAUGCAUGAAAGGUGUUCGUGGAGGAGUUGUCUGUUCAAAUUCAACUCAGAUGGCCAGUUGCAGCCCUUAAAACAGCGUUCAUCAGGAGCUCCAGCAAUACUCCAGUUGAGAAUAUGUGAAAUAUCUCAAUGAACCUGUCAGUAAUCACACAAAGAGCAAUCAAUAUCCAAUGUUCCUGCCAACCAAACUUGUUAGAGACGGAAAAAACAGAUCCAGCCAGAUUUCUGAUGAAAGCCAUGCUAAUAGUGACUAAAGGAAUUGUUUUGAAGUGACUUCCAACAAAAGGUAAAAUGCAGAUUCCAUGGUCGCCUCUUCUAGCUCUCCUACUCGGCUGCUACCUCUCAGGAAGCCAAGCCAACCGAGUCUACGUUCACCCCUUCCAUCUUUUUGCCACCGAGAAUGUCAGCUGUGAGACCCUGCAGACACAAACGUCCAAGCCUCUGCAGACACUCCCUGUGGCCCCCCUUGAUAUUGAUGUCCUGACACCAGACAACAGAGACCCGUCAAAACUGGAUGCCCAAAGGCAGAACAUCACAGAGAGGACGGCAGUUCUGGCAGAGCUGUUGAACUCUCUGGGCCUGAGGAUGUACCAGGCUCUCAGCAGCAAGCAGCUCAGCACCAACACCCUUCUCUCUCCAGUCAACACCUUCGGAUCCCUUGUCACCUUCUACCUGGGAGCAUCCAAGAAAACAGCGAGCUCGUUCCAGCUUCUACUGGGCCUGAGCAGCGGCACCGACCGAGAGGACUGUGUGUCCUUAGUGGACGGACACAAGGUUCUCAAGACUCUGCAGAGCAUUAACUCUCUGGUGGACGAUGGACCGAAAGAUGAGAUCACCACCCAGGUCUGGACCUUCACUCGCAAGGAUGCUCAACUAUCCGAGGACUUUAUUCAAGGCACACAGGACUUCUCAUACACAUCGUUCAUCCGCGGGGUGGACUUCUCCAAACCUCAGGAGGCCAAGCAGCUGGUGAACAGCUUUGUGGAGAAGACGUCAGACGGGAAGGUGAAGAGCGUCUUCAAAGAUUUGAACUCCAGCAGCGACCUUCUGUUCAUUACUUCCUUCAGCUUCCAUGGCAACUGGAGGACAGCCUUCAAACCAGAGCAAACCUCCAUGCAGGAGUUUCAUGUGGAUGGAACAACCACAGUGAUGGCUCCACUGAUGACCCACACGGGUCAGUAUCACUACCUGAAUGAUAAGGUACGGCGGUGCACAGUUGUGAAGCUGUCUCUGAGCAAGCGGACCUAUAUGUUGCUGGUCCUGCCUCAUGAAGGGGCCAACCUCCAUGAUAUAGAGUCUAAGCUGCGCACUGAUAUCAUGUCUGACUGGCACCAGAGCCUCCAGGAAGGUCUGUUGGAGCUGUCACUCCCAAAGUUCUCCAUGUCUUCGGUGACUGAUCUGCCUGACCUGCUGACCAACAUGGAUCCAGAAAUUGAGGCCAAACUGUUGGGCUCCCAGGCUGAGUUCAGCCAACUCAGCAACGUCAAACCCUUCACUAUAGAUAAGGUGGUCAACAAGGUUGUGUUUGAGAUGUCAGAUGAAGGAGCAGAACCUCAGGACAAGAUCCAGGAAGCGGGCGUCCCGCUGAAACUGUCCAUCAACCGGCCGUUCUUCUUUUCAGUCAUAGAAGGAGAUUCUAACGCCAUCCUCAUGCUGGGCAAGAUCACCAACCCUACACUCUAAAGUUAUAGUACCUAUAGUAACCAACAAACUCCUCUGACAUGAAAAAUGUCCUACAAACCAGGCCCGUUUCUUUACAACGUACUUCACCACAUACAACUUAAGUUUUUUAAGGUGCUGAAAUCAGUCGUUCAACAGACAUCUCAUUUAGAUCAUACCCUUGUUUUUUUUAACUGAAAUAAUGGCCCCAUUCUGUACAUGAGAGUGAAGCACAACCUCGCUCAAGAAGGAUCAAUAUUCAACAGUGUUGUAGUAUCUUUUACCACCUAGCUGAUCUCUCCACAAACUCAGGAGUCACUGGGGAUCCCUGUCUCAGUAUUUAUGAAAACAUGUUACUUUAAGCAAAGUUGUUUUCAAGCAGCCUGUUAAAAUCCUAAUUUUCUUUUCUGUAGAAUUUAUUAUAGCACUGUUCUGUACAGUAUUUUUCAGUAGAGUAGGUACAGUAACCACGAUUCUCUAUGAUGACCAUGACUAAUGAUAUUGUAUAUUGUAACUAAGAGUUUAUUUUUGUUUUGUUACGAUUUGUGAUUGCUGCAAUAAAACUGUAUCCCAAUUUA